AUGGCCGAACAAGGAGCAGCUCCGGUCAGGUCUUUUGCACAAGCAGCUGCGACAGAGGAGGUCGCACAACCGCUGCGAUCCGUGCAGAUCGACGGCCUCGUUGCGAUGAAGAUUGACAAGCACUGUAGCGACUGGGCUCCUCAGCUUGUAACGGGUCUGCUGCUUGGUCUCGAUAUUGGCAGCACUCUUGAAGUCACCAAUUGCUUUCCCUUUCCCAGCCGGGGAGGCGAGGAGGAGGAGGAGGAGGAGGCGGACGGUGCCAUGUAUCAGCUGGAGAUGAUGCGCUGCCUGCGCGAGGUCAAUGUCGACAACAACACCGUUGGCUGGUACCAGUCGACAACGCUGGGUUCCUUCCAGACGGCGGACAUGAUAGAGACGUUCGCGAGCUACCGGGAGAACAUCAAGCGCUGCGUGUGCCUCGUGUACGACGCCGACCGGGCGGCCGCCCGCGGGACUGUGGCGCUCAAGGCGCUCACUCUCAAGGCGCCGUUCCUCGAGAUGUUCAAAGCGGGCGCGCUGACGGGGGAGAAGUUGAGGGAGAGUGACACAUCGUGGGCGGGGAUAUUUGAGGAGAUCCCAGUGAAAAUGGCCAACUCCAUGCUCGUCUCCACGCUCAUCGCCUCCCUGCACCCCCCCGCUGCCGACGCUGCUCCCUCGCGCACCGACUUUGACCGCCUGCUGCUGGGCACCAACCCCUUCCUCGAGACCAACCUGGGGUGCCUCUCUGACUGCAUGGAUGAUCUGAGUGCGGAGCAGCAGCGGUUCCAGUACCACUAUCGCAGUGUGCAGCGCCAGCAGCAGCAGCAGCUAGCAUGGGUGCAGAAGAGAAGAUCGGACAAUGCACUGAGGAGGGCAGCAGGGGAGGAGCCGCUACCAGAGGAGGAUCCCACCAACCCCAUCUUCAAGCCCAUCCCGGAGCCCUCGCGCAUUGACAUGCUGCUCACCACCAACCAGAUCGCCAACUACUGCGCGCAGAUCAACGAGUUUAGCGGCCCGGCUCUUGGCAAGCUUUAUCUCAUGGAUGCUCUUAAUGGAGCAUCUUGA